AUGGCGAAGGAGGAGGACCUCACAGAGAAGAUCCUGGAGUUUCAGCGGCGCGAGUAUGCCAUGCUCUCGCGCUUUGCUCAGCGAGAGCGGGAGAUGCGCAAGCUGAGCCUGGAGUGUGCGGAAGCCUUCCAUACCUUCGACGACAACCGGAAGGACUCCCUGCGGGGCGCCUACGUGGACGGUGCGGUGAAUCUGGAGCUGGGCCUGGUGCGUCAGCGGUUGCGGGGCCAGGACCAAGAGAUGGCUCGGGUCCGCGAAGAGCUGCAGAACGCACAGUUCCAGCCGAACAGCAUCCAGGGCAAGAAGCUGCUGGACAAGUGCGCCCACCUCUUGGAGGAGAACUCGGAGAUCGCCCGGCAGCUGAGCGAGGAGAAGAUGCAGGUUCUGCGCAUCCAGCUUGCUGCAGAGCGGCAAAAAAGGCUGCAGUAUCGGCAGCGGAUUGCGCAGCUGGAGAAGUAUGCAGAGCAGGUGGAUGCAGAGAAUGAGAAGAUGUCAAAGAAGAUCACCGAGCUGGGUCAAAACCUCAAGGAGACCCGGGGGGAGAUCGAUCGCAACAAGAAGGAGAUCGAGGACAUCAAGACCGGCAAGCGCAAGCACAGCGCGGCCGCGGUGCCGGCGGCUUCCGCGUCCGUGCCGCCGCCGGCUUCCGCGGGCCCGGCCGGCAGCCCGGCGGCGCCGCUGGUGACGCCGGAGGGGAAUGCCAAUGUGGAGUCUAGCUUUACACCACUGGUCGGUGCAGAGCGGAAGCGCCUACAGGCUUUGCUCAAGGCAGGAAAGACCAAGGUCGACAGUGACCUCCUGGAGAAGAUCAAGGGCCAGACUUUGCCAGAGGUGGAGAAGAACAUGGAGUACUUGGUGGCUAGGCACAAGCUCUACGGCCAUGUCAGCCUGACCUGGUCCGCACAGCCAGAAAUGGUACAGGUCAAACAGAUUGCGCGUGGCAAGGCCAAGUACAUCUUCCCCCCCUAUGUCUCGGCAGCGGGGCCGGCCGAUGAGUACAAGCGCUUCCUGGCCGGAGAGCUGGAGUGUGGGUUCGAAAGGCCCCAGUACUUCACUACCCUCGCGGCGGCCACAUCUGGAGAGGUCAUCGCCAGCCCCACCGAGAAACCGCGAAGCGCCCCUGCGGGCAAGGCCAGCAACAUGCGCACCCGCUCGGUCGCCAAAGAGGUCACGCAGGAGGUGUUGGACUCGUGGGAGUGCUCGGUGGCCAUGGAUGCCUCCCUGGCUCCUGGCGCGAAGCUGGGCGCGCUUGCGAAGAUCGGCUCGAGGGUCGAGAACAUCAAGCAAUCCGAGCUUGGUGGAGCUGUGUGGCGCUAUGCGAACGUAUCGCUGGCUGGCAAGACGGUCUUGGCCUCGUCGACCUAUGGGGUUGACUACGUGUAUGCAGGAAUGAAGUCGAAGGAUGGGCGACUGUGCGUGGCCACAGUCAACAACAUCAUGAAGAA